ACCAAUUCCAAAUUAAUCUGAUUCUCUAUUGUGCGUUGCCCUGCUUCAGCUUCAGCUUCAUAGGGCUUGUUGGCGGUGUCAGAAUCAGAAGAACACAAAGCUCACUGAAUCGAAGCCCUUCAUUUUGAUUUUCUUCCUCGUCACUGCGCAUCAUGUACAGAGUUGCAGCUUCAUCAUUCAGAAGGCAUCUCAAGGGCCAUGGAGGUAACUUGGGAUCCAUUAGGUUUUCAACUUCGGCCGCGGUAGCUGCAAGGACUUCAUCUGGUGGUUUGUUUAGCUGGCUUACUGGAGAGCGUUCUAGUGCUCUUCCUCCUCUUGACAUACCCCUUGGUGGCGUUGCUCUCCCAGAUUCACUUCCAGAUUUCGUCGAACAAAGCAAGACCAAGAUCACAACACUCUCCAAUGGACUCAAAAUUGCAUCAGAGACCUCGCCUAACCCUGCAGCUUCAAUUGGGUUAUAUCUUGACUGUGGUUCCAUCUAUGAGACGCCAUUUUCAAGCGGGGCUUCACACUUGCUAGAGCGAAUGGCUUUCAAAAGCACAACAAACCGUAGUCACUUUCGCAUUGUAAGGGAAGUAGAAGCAAUUGGUGGUAAUGUAGGAGCCUCAGCCUCUCGGGAGCAAAUGGGUUAUACAUUUGAUGCCUUAAAGACCUAUGUUCCACAAAUGGUUGAAUUACUGGUUGACUGUGUAAGGCACCCAGCCUUCUUGGAUUGGGAAGUCAAUGAAGAGCUUCGGAAAGUAAAAGCAGAGCUUGGAGAACUCUCUAACAAUCCCCAGGGCUUGCUUUUGGAAGCAAUUCACUCUGCUGGUUAUUCUGGUGCAUUGGCUUAUCCUCUUUUGGCUCCUGAAGCAGCACUAAACAGAUUGGAUGGCCCCAGUUUAGAGGAAUUUGUUGCUGAGAAUUACACAGCACCUAGAAUGGUACUUGCAGCAUCUGGGGUUGAGCACGAAGAGCUUCUAUCUAUUGCUGAGCCACUUCUCUCUGAUCUACCAAAGGUUCCCUGUCCUGAAGAACCAAAGUCUGUCUAUGUCGGGGGUGAUUUUCGUCGUCAUGGUGAAGGGGGUACACAUGUUGCUAUUGCUUUUGAAGUGCCUGGUGGCUGGCAAAAGGAGAAAGAUGCUAUUGUUUUGACUGUUUUACAGAUGCUUAUGGGAGGAGGUGGGUCAUUCUCAGCAGGGGGGCCUGGAAAAGGGAUGCACUCAAGGCUAUAUCUUAAUGUGCUGAAUGAAUAUCAGCAGAUUCAAUCUUUUUCUGCAUUCAACAGUAUCUUCAAUAAUACAGGACUGUUUGGCAUUUAUGCAAGCACUAGCCCUGAUUUUGUGCCAAAAACUGUUGAUAUAGCAGCCAAAGAACUAAUAGCAAUUGCUUCCCCUGGACAAGUUACACAGGUACAGCUUGACCGAGCCAAAAAAUCCACAAAGUCUGCAGUUCUAAUGAAUCUGGAAUCUAGAAUGAUUGCAUCAGAAGAUAUAGGGAGGCAGAUUUUGACUUAUGGAGAAAGGAAGCCUGUGGAACAGUUCUUGAAGGCUGUAGAUGAAAUCACGUUGAAUGAUAUCACUAAAAUUGCUCAAAAGAUUAUUUCCUCACCUUUGACCAUGGCAUCAUAUGGGGAUGUCAUGAAUGUGCCAAGUUAUGAAUCUGUUAACAGCAAGUUCCAUGCAAAAUGAAAUUGCAUGUGAUCCACCAGCUCAUUAUAUUUUCUGGAUCACAAGCAUGCCUACUUCAAAUUUUCGAGAGCAAUAUACACCGAAUCAGCAAUGCUGAAAAUAAAUCCCAGAGAAGUUUUUGUGCGGACCUGAGGAACCAUUUAUUCUGGUUCCAUGUUUUUUUUAAUUUUUUUUUAUAUAACGAUUUGCCUUAGUGUAUUAGGUGCAUGGUCUCAUGACUAAUGCUCACCUCAAUUUUUUAUUUAUGAAUUAAUUUUCUCAACAGAGCACAAAAGCCAACCCACGCAUGAAUAGUUAAAGAAAUUGCAAGUAAUAUACUCAUCAAUCAAAUAUAAUUUUCUAACA